AUGGGAUCCAAGUCGACAGCAAUACACCUUGAAGGGAAAGAAACUCUUGACAUAGAUGACACCCUCAUCCACGAUGCCCAGUUAGCUACGACAAAAGAACAUCGCAUGACACUCUGGGCAGGCUUGAAGCUAUAUCCAAAAGCCGUCGGUUGGUCACUUCUGAUCUCGUCUGCGAUUAUCAUGGAGGGAUACGAUGUUGUGCUCAUGGGCUCAUUCUACGCUUUCCCAGCGUUCAAUAUGAGGUACGGUCAUGUCUUGUCGGAUGGAUCGUAUGGUCUAUCAGCACCAUGGCAAGCCGGUCUAUCCAACGCAAUGAACUGUGGGCAAAUCAUCGGCCUCUUUGCAAACGGUAUCAUCUCAGAACGGUUUGGAUACCGUAAAACAAUGAUGUAUUCCCUAGUGGCUACGAUGUCGUUUAUCUUUAUUCUUUUCUUUGCCCCAAAUGUCCAAACUUUACUCGUCGGCGAGAUUUUGAUGGGCAUCCCGUUAGGUGUUUAUCAAACUCUUAGUGUUACCUACGCUUCCGAGGUGUGUCCUGUGGCACUCCGUGCCUACUUGACAACUUACGUGAACCUCUGCUGGGUGAUUGGACAACUGAUCGCAUCAGGUGUGCUGAAGGGCCUUUCUGGUCGCGCUGACCAAUGGGCAUAUCGAAUCCCAUUUGCGGUGCAAUGGGUAUGGCCUAUCCCUAUUUUCCUUGGAGUCUACUUUGCGCCUGAGAGCCCCUGGUGGCUGGUUCGCAAAGGCCGUCGCGACGACGCUACCGACUCUCUUCUUCGUCUUACCUCUCAGACCGAUACGGACUUCAACGCCGAAGAAACGGUUGCGAUGAUGGUUCACACCAAUGAAAUAGAAAAAGAAGUCAACACCGGUACCUCAUACCUGGAUUGCUUCCGCGGUACUGACCGCCGUCGAACGGAGGUGGCCUGCUUAAUAUGGGCGGCUCAGAACCUUUGUGGCUCAGGACUAAUGUCGUACUCGACAGUUUUCUACGAGCGUGCCGGCCUGGCUAUCUCACAAUCUUUCAACAUGUCCCUUGGUCAAUACGCAAUAGGGUUUUGCGGCACCGUCUUCUCCUGGUUUCUAAUGACGCGUUUCGGUCGCCGCACUCUAUAUGUUGGUGGUCUCGCUAUUCUGACGGUUCUUCUUCUCGUUGUGGGUUUCAUCUCCAUUGCCCCGGAAACUAGCAGCACAGCCUGGGCUACUGGUUCUAUGCUCCUUGUCUAUACAUUCUUCUAUGAUUCUUCGGUUGGCCCAGUCUGUUACUCUCUCGUAUCAGAGAUGCCUAGUACACGCUUACGUAUUAAAACCGUGGCUCUUGCACGGAACUUAUACAACUGCUUUAGCAUCCUGAAUGGUGUCAUAAUUCCAUAUAUGUUGAAUGUUGAUGCCUGGAACUGGCGAGGUCGAGCUGGCUUUUUCUGGGGUGGGCUUGCUUUUCUGUGCUGGGUAUGGGCGUUUUGGCGGCUCCCCGAGCCCAAAGGGAGGACGUAUGCAGAGAUGGACAAGCUAUUUGAGCAAAAAGUACCCGCUCGCAAGUUCGCUACGACGGAAGUACGGCUAUUCAGUGAAGAGGCAGCAGAGAGCCCAGGCCAACAUAUGGAAAGAAAAUUAUCCUUUGCGACGUUGCUGGUUAAAGUCAGAAUUGCGCAGCCAAUUGACUGGGCAACUGACGUAAAGAAGGUUCAUGAAGCUGGUGCCAAAUAA